AUGAUAUUAGGUGGGAUAGGAGCUAGAGGGUCAACAACUGGAAGGGGAAGAGGUGGUGGCUAUGCUGCAAGAGGGGCUACAAUUGGAAGAGGCAGAGGGAGAGGAAGAAAUCAGGUACCAGUAGGUGUUGGUCUACUGAUUAUGGAUGAUGGAGCCCAGAUCAUCAACCCAACUAGAUCAAGAGGGGGUGGAAGAGGCAGGACUGGUGGAAGAGCCAGAGGUGAAGGGAGAGGCAGAUCUGGUGUGAGAGGCAGAGGCAGGGGUGCAGUUGGUGGAGGAGGCACAGAAUGCACCCAGUUAAGCCAAGGAUCCCAAGUUGUUGACCCAACUCAGUAG